AUGAAAGCAGUUAAGAUGUGCUUAAAGGAAUUCUUUCUAUAGAAUUAGAUCUAAGAACUAUAUAAAAAUGAAAAUUCUUUAAAUAGUCUUACUCUCUAAUUUAUCUAGUCAGAAUUGGAAUAAUGUUAUUAAAAUCGAUAAAUGGCUAAAGUUAUUGUCUAAUUUAGGAUUACUAUAGUGUUGCAAAUACUAAUAAAUUUAGUUUACAUUAUCAAUACUUGUUUGAUAUACUAAUCUCUUGAGAUAGUGAAAUAUAGAUCACUAUAUAUAGUUUGGAUGUUAAUCUCUCUUGUAUUAUAAAAGAUUUCUAAGAGAUAUUGGAAUGCCUUAAUUAAUAUACUAAUUCUCAUUAAUAGUGUAUUGAAUGUGUUGCUCUAUGCUUAUUUUAUGAAAUUUGUUAUCAAGACUCAAGAUAAGAUUGAAGAUGUAUUAAGUAUUUCAUUGAUUUCUGGUUUAUAAUAAGGAUUGUUUGCUAUAGCCUUUUUUUUAAUAUAGUCUAACUAUUUGAUGUAAAGCUUGACCAUCACUAGUUACUUUCUUACAUUGAUGGGAAUAUUUGAAUAAUUUUAAAAUAAUCGAUUAUGGUCUCAAUACAUAUUAUUAUUGUUUACAUGUUAUUUAUUAAGAUAGAAUGAAAAAACAAGCAGACUUAAUUAUUUAUUGAUUCAUAAAACAUAAACAAAUUUAGAAGCAUGUAAAAAAUUAUUUGAUGAAACAGUUCCCACAUCAAUUAUAAUAUUAGAAGAAAUUUCAAUAUAAGAUUAUUAAUAGAAUGAUUUAUUGAAUUCACCAUCAAGUUAAAGAGAAUAAUUACAUACUUAAGAAAAUAAAUCAAUGAAUGUUACUUAUUUUAACAAAAGUGCUUCUAUUCAUUUUGAAACUGAUAAUGAAGAUAUUAUGACAGAAAGACUAUAAUAAAUAGAUAUUAUUAAUAUAGACAAUUCCAUUUUAGAUAAAGAAAAAACCAAAUUUUUUGAAAAAAUAUUAGACUUAUAAUCUAAAAUUUAAACAGAAAUUUAAUUAAAUACUUAUCAUUCGUUUGAUUAUUAACUUAUAUCCUUACAUCAUAAAAUGUAAUGUUCAAGAGUAAAAAUCUAUAUUAUAAUUAUUAGUAAACUAAAUAAGAUAAACUAUAAUUUUAUGAUGCUCUUGCAUAAGGUUGUUUAUGGGAUGGAAAAUAAUGUAUCAUGUUAAUUUUAAAUGAUGCCACUGAUCGUGAAUUAAGAUUAUAACAUCUAAAAGAAUUAGAUAAUUAUAAAGAUAAUCUUUUAGCUGCUGUAUCACAUGAUUUAAAGACACCUUUACAUGUUUAAACACUCUUAACUAAUGUAAUUAAAAAUACUUUAGAAAAUAAAGAAUAAAUCUAUAAAACAGAAAUUUAAGGUAUUAAUUUCUUAAUCUAAAUUUAGAAAUCAUUAAUCAUCUAGAAGAUAUGUUAGCAAAUCAGUAAAUUUUAUCUACAAUGAUCAAUGAUCUUAUUGAUUAUUCAUAAAUGAAAACAUAAGGAUUAAGAUUAAAUUUAUCCUAUUUUUCAUUAUCCUUAUGUAUAUAAUAAAUUAGAUAAAUGUUUAAAACUCAAAUAGAAUUAAAAAACUUAUAAUUUAUUAUUACUGAACCUAAUGACAAUCUUAUUUUAUUUUCAGAUCAAACUAGAUUACAAUAAAUACUUUUUAAUCUAAUCUCAAAUGCAAUUAAAUUUACAUUUUAUGGAAAAAUAACCCUAAAUAUUUAAAUUAUAUAUGCAUAUGAUACAAAAUUAAUUCAAUUUACUGUAUAAGAUACAGGUCUAGGUAUACCUAUUUAAAUUCAAAAUUAAUUAUUUAAGGCUUAUUCAACAUUUAAUUUAGGAAAUCAUAACUAAAAAGGAGUUGGAUUAGGUUUAGUAAUAUCAAGAAAUCUUGUUGGUUUAUUAGGACCAAAACCAUAAAUUGAAUUAAUUUCUAAAGAAAAUUAAGGAUCAUCAUUCACAUUUUAAAUAUAUGUUAAUAUGCAAGAAAAAAAACUUGAACCUUAAAAUUCUAGUUAUGAACAAGAAUUUCCAGAAAAUGAUCCAUCACCAAUAAAAUAAAUGCCUAGUUUUUCAAUUGUAUAAUAAUAGUAAAGAUAAAAUUAAAAAGCUAAGACUCUUAUAGAUUUAUCUAAAAAUUCUAAAUAACUUUUACAUAUAUUAAUAGUGGAUGACUCAGCAUUCAAUUUACAUGCUCUUAAAUUAAUUCUAUAGAAAAAAUUAGUAAAAUCCUUUAUAGAUGAAGCAUUAAAUGGAAAAGAAGCUGUUGAAAAAGCAAAAAAAUAAUAUUUUGAUUUAAUUUUUAUGGAUAUUAAUAUGCCAAUAAUGAAUGGUAUUGAAGCAAUUCAACAUAUCAGAAAAAUUGAUGAAAAAUAAUAGUAUAAAUUAAAGAAACCAAUUAUAUGUAUUUUAUCAGGUGGUAAUGAUGAUUUUGACUAAAAAUUAACAAAAAGAAUUGGUGCUGAUAUGCAUUUAGAAAAACCAUUACAAAUGAAUGAUUUAACAUUUCUCUUAGAGAAAUAUUAAUUAUUAUGA